UCAUAUUUAUUUGUAUAAACCUAUCUCUAGGCUAGUUGCAGUUUUGAAUAACGCCGGCUCGUCAAUGUUGGAAGUACUCUUCUGAUUAGGCCACCUAGUUAGCAUUUUAAUAAUCUCCUGUUAUUUUUUUACUAGGGGCAUGCAGUCUGUGCUAUGUUUUAAGGGUGCUACACAUUUGAGGGACUUGUCAAGAAUAUUCAAGGAGCGCAGUAUCUUUGGCACACCAAUAAACCACACAUGCUCGGCGUAGAUUUGAUUGCUCGUUCCCGCAAUAGUGUCCGCCAUUUUGAUUUAAAAUAUGUGAGAAUCCUUUUCUGUCUUGCUCAAAUCUCCAGGAUAAAAGCGACAACUAAUUUAUUGAACCUGGGAUUGUCCUCUACACAGUUGGAAGGGUCAGGAAGCUGCUGGUUGCAGAGGUAGUGAUGGCUUGUGUGUGAGGGAGUGCGUGUGUGUAAUCAUCCAUACAGAUUCAUGAGCGUUCCUACCUGCAUAUUUGAAAUAAAUGACUGAAGAGGUCUGACCUAGGACACACAUUUUACUAAGCAGCAGCAGCCAUGUUCUGGAAGUUUGACCUGCACACGUCGUCAAAGCUGGAGGCCCUGCUUGAGAAAGACGAUGUCACGCUCACUGAGCUCAUGGAGGAGGAGGACGUACUGCAGGAGUGCAAGGCCCAGAACCGCAGGCUGCUGGUCUUCCUGUCCCAGGACACCUGCAUGCAAGAGCUGCUGCACCUCAUCACCACAGAGCCACCUGCUGGUCUGGAAGAGAUCAAAUGCUUCAAGCAUCCUAACAUAGCAUGUGAGCUGCUGACGAGUGAUGUAGGGGUGAUAAAUGAUAAGCUGGGGGGAGAGAAGCCCCUUCUGGACAUCCUGUACUCCUUCUUGGAGCAGCCCCCUCCCCUCAACCCCCUCCUUGCAUCCUUCUUCAGCAAGACCAUUGGAAACCUCAUCACACGUAAGACCGAACAGGUGAUCUCCUUCUUGCGGGGAAAGGAGGGUUUCCUGGGUCUGGUUCUUAAACACAUCAACACAUCGGCCAUGAUGGACCUCCUGCUACGCCUCAUCAGCUGUGUAGAUCCUGCUCCUCUCCGACAAGACACACUCAAUUGGUUGAAUGAAGAGCGGCUGGCUCAGAGGCUCAUAGAACUCAUUCACCCUGGGAAAGACACGGAGAGACAGUCGAAUGCGUCCCAGACUGUGUGUGACAUCAUCCGUUUGAGCAGAGACCAGACCAAUCAGCUCCAAGAGAACUCUGAGGCCGACCCUCUGCUUGCCGUGCUGGAGUCGCAGGAGUGUGUGAGUCAGCUGCUGGACAACAUGUUUGUGGGAGAGAGCACAGAGAGCUGCAUCGUCUACGGAACUCAAGUCCUUCUCACCUUACUGGAGAUCAGGAGGCCGGGAGUGGAAGGUGUGCUGGAUGUGUGUGUUCUGGGAUAUGAAAGGUGUGUCGUCAGCAGCAUCCUGCAGGCUGUCCAACCCCACCUCAAACACUACCACCAACUACUGCUGGAUCCUCCCAGGCGGACCCCCAUGCUGACCAGUCUAGGUGUGUUGGAGGUGCCACUGGGUAACUGUCGUCUCCAUGUGGCCAGACUAAUGGCCUCCCUACUACAGACCACUAACAUGAGUUAUUACACCUGUUUUGACGACACUAUUUAUAACAACACCGUCACACUGGAGCUCUGCAGACUCCAGACCAUAAGCCUCCUACUGGACCUGUUCUUUAAGUACACCUGGAACAACUUCCUGCACUUCCAAGUGGAACUGUGUGUGGCAGCCAUUCUCAGCCACUCUGCUCAGGAGGAGAGGCCCCAGGUUAGCCUGGUUAUCCAGGAAAGGCCCUUGGUUCCCCUGGAGGACAUUCCCCAGGCCAGCAUUGUGGCCCAGGAAAAACCCAUGUUUCCCCAGAAGGAGAAUCCUCAGGGCAGCCUCCCGACCCAGGAAAAGCCCAGGCUUCAGCAGGAGCCCCAGGAAAACCAUGCCUUGCCUGGCCCCAAACCACCACUGCCCUCUGUUCCUCCUGACAUCUCCACACAUAACCCACUGGUGACCCAUUUGUUUCAGGACUGUCGUCUGGUUCAGAGGAUAUUGGAGGCCUGGGAGGAGAAUGAUAAGACUCAGGCAGAGGGGGGUAUGAGGAGAGGCUACAUGGGUCACCUGACAAGAAUCGCUAAUACUGUAGUCUGUAACAUGGAGAAAGGACCAGUCCGCAUCCAGAUCAGCAGCCUUAUUACAGAGCUGCCUAAGGAUUGCAGGGGGCGCUGGGAGAGCUUUGUAGACCAGGCCCUGACAGAGACCAACAGGAAGAACACUGUAGACCUGGUGUCUCACAACCUGCGCUCCUCCAGUGAAGACGAUGACAGACAGAGUCCCUUCCCCAAAGAGCUGUCACUGCAACAGACAUUCUCAGACUACCAAAUCCAGCAGAUGACUGCUAACUUUGUGGAUCAGUUUGGCUUCAAUGACGACGAGUUCUCAGAACACGGCGACAACAUCAGCGCCACCUUUGACCGGAUCAAAGAGAUCAACUUCAACGUGGACACAGAGGACACUGCUAAGACUGCAGCAUUUGAGGCCUGCACUAAAGAGAAGAUCCAGUUGUUUGAUGACAGCGAGGAAGAAGACAUCUGGGAGGAGAGAGAGAUCAACUAUACUAUGCACACCAAGUCUAGGACCAGGUUUGGGGGGCCACAGACGUCUGUUGGAUCGGCUCAGAGUGAUGGGAUGAGCGAUACUCCUGAUAAGUCAACAGGUUCUGACACAGAGGGGGAGGUGCCUAAUGAGGUCACAGGUCAGACUGAACACAGCAAGAACAUCAGCCAGACGGAGACUGCACAGAGCCCUGGCUGGGCGGCUAGUUUCGGGGAGGUGAACUUUAACUCCCCCUCAUCUGGAGUGGACCCAUGGGGUAGCCUUGCCCCCAAGCCUGGAGUGGGCGUAGACCCAUGGGGUAGCCCCGCCCCCAAGCCUGGAGUGGGUGUAGACCCAUGGGGUAGCCCCGCCCCCAAGCCUGGAGUGGGCGUAGACCCAUGGGACAGCCCUGCCCCCAAGCACGGAGUGGCCGUAGACGCAUGGGGAAGUCCCGCCCCACAGCCUGUAACUACAGAGGCUGAGAAGGGCUGGGCCAAGUUCACUGACUUUCAGCCCUUUUGCUGUUCAGAGACAGGUUUGAGAUGCACUUCUCCAGUGGACUCGGAGAUCUGUGGGUCAGACAAAACUAAACCCAGCCAGGGAAUGAACCCAUGUGUGUGGAGUGUGUGUGUGGCGAGGAAGGCUCCCCUGGUAGCAUCAGACACCUCUUCAUCAGGAGGCUCAGACAGCGAGGAAGAGGAAGAAAAGACUGAAUCUGUUACUAUGGAGAUAGUAUCCAAGGAAAUGGUCACUACAGAGACCAUCGUCACAACCGCCGGACUGGAGACCAUCAGACUUAACAUGAAUGUCAAGAACGAGAGAGCUGGCUUCAACAGUGAGGUUGACAUGAAAGAGAAGGAAAAGGAGAAAAAGAGGGUGAUGGGUGAAGACCUGCUUAAUGCCACAGCUGCUCCUCUCACAGAUCGCCCUGCCACCGUCACAAAAGAGACACCCUCCUCAGCAAAUGGACCGGCCUAGUACUGCGCUACCACAACACUUACACACUCCAUUCCCUAGCUAACACAACCACACUCCACUUCCCAACAACACUCUAUGACAUGCAACAUCCUGUAUUUGUGGGCAGUGCUGUCCUGUCAUUGGUCCAUGUCAAGGACAUCUAUGGUGGUUGAGCAGGAGAAAAGCAGAAGAGAAAAGCCAGUUCAGAAUCCAGACCACAGCUCUUAAACACCAACAACCAAUAAACAGAUUAAUGUGAUGUUUGUCCCUGCCCUUCUGCUGAAGUCUCUCCUACACACCUAUCACCACUCUACACACACGUGUGUGUGUGUGUGUGUGUGUGUGUGUGUGUUAGUGCUGCACAAUGAAUCAAAUUCACAUCGACAUCGCAAUAUUGACAUGUGCAAUGUCCUUGUCUCAACAUCCAAAGUUGCAACAAUAGUUUUAAAACGCCACUAAGCCGCGUAAGGAAUGUUUUUAUAGUUUACUCUGUCGUCCCUCUUGCGGCAUACUCACACCAAGACUCUACCCCUGUCAAUCAAGCAGCGCAUUUCCUUCUCCUCCUCGGUCAAUGCAGUGAACAGAUUGUUCUAAACAAGAACGAUGCUUCUUUCCACUUUGCUUCCUAAUAUACAGUACCAGUCAAAAUUUUGGACAUACCUACUACUUUUCUUUAUUUUUACUAUUUUCUCCACUGGAAAGCUCCAACAGGUGCUUCGCAUAUGUGGGUACUCCUUCAAGAUUAUUGGAAAGGUAUUCCAGGUGACUACCUCCAUAAAGCUGGUUGAGAGGAUGCCAAGAUUGUGCAACGCUGUCAUCAAGGCAAAGGGUGGCUACUUUGAAGAAUCUAAAAUAUAUUCUGAUUUAACACUUCUUUGGUUACUACAUGAUUCCAUAUGUGUUAUUUCAUAGUUUUGACGUCUUCAAUGUUAUUCUUCAAUGUAGAAAAUAAAGGAAACCCUUGAAUGAGUAGGUGUAUCCAAACUUUUUACUGGUAUUGUACGUGUUUCUAUGAUUCCAACAGUUCACCCAAGUGUUUUGAUCUUCAUCACGAGUCAAAUUGCUAUUCAUUUUUGUGGGCUAUAUCAUGCAGCUCUAGCACACGCACAUGAUCCAGCUUUAUGUCGUCUUGUUAGUUCUUAUCUCUCCAGCUGCUCUCCAGUGUUUAUUUAUUUAUUUUGCACUUAACUUAAGCUCUUUGUUGAGUAGAGAGACGAGAUACUCUACUCCCGCUGUAGUCAUCCUCAGCCCAGAGCAAAGUCUGAGGCCUGGGGAGGAGGGGAGUGGGUAGUCAAGUACUGACUGUAAGAUCCUCAAAGCCAAAAUGUGUUCCUAGUUUAAUUUAUUUGACUCAAUCAUUUUAUUAUAGAAAAUCCAGAAUGAUUAUGAAAAUCAACCACUUUCUCUCUCUUUGGGUGGACUAUUAUAAGUAGUGAAGAUAUUGGUUGUGUCUGUGCGGUCUCUUCGCUUGUGUGUGGAAGAUUUGGGAUAUAUAUUCUCAAGUUAAAAGAGCAUUCCUGUGGAUGUGAUGAAAGCACACCUGUGUGACGUCACACAAACACAAAACAUGAUUACACACAUACUCGGUGUGAGUAUUCGCACACAUAGAAAAUACAUACAUACAUACAUACAUACAUACAUACAUACAUACAUACAUACAUACAUACAUACACAUACAUACAUACAUACAUACAUACAUACAUACAUACAUACAUACAUACAUACAUACAUACAAACACAGCGUGAGGCAUACAUACAUACAUACAUACAUACAUACAUACAUACAAACACAGCGUGAGGCAUACACACAUACACACACGCACACAAAGCGUCAGACAUACACCACUACCUGAGCGCACACAAACAGUCACACCCUCCCAUAUCAUCCCUCCACAGAGCUGUGUAAAUGUAAUAUUGUGACAUUUGAACCUGUAUUAGGUUGUGGUAUAAUGUAAACGUAUUAUGUAAACAGUAUAUAAAUAAACACUUAUCUAUUUUUGGUAUCAAUUCAGAUGUAUCGGAAA